AUGGACAUCCGCUACGGCCAGGAGUCGGGAGCAGAGAUGGUGCUGAAGAAUGGACUGAAGGAAGGCAAGGAGGGCAAAGACUCUCAGGGAAGCCUUUCCAAAAUGCUCCUGAAGGAACAGCAGGAGUCCUUUAGCCCGUCUGGAGCCAUGGAUAACUGUGAGAAAAGCCGCGCCAGCUCGGGGGAUCCGGACUACUGCCGGAGGAUUUUGGUGCGAGAUGCUAAAGGUUCCAUCCGAGAGAUCAUUCUGCCCAAAGGUCUGGAUCUGGAUCGACCCAAGCGGACCAGAACCUCUUUUACGGCCGAGCAGCUGUACCGACUGGAGAUGGAGUUCCAGCGCUGUCAGUACGUCGUGGGCCGAGAGAGAACCGAACUCGCCCGUCAGCUCAACCUGUCCGAGACUCAGGUGAAGGUGUGGUUCCAAAACCGGCGCACCAAGCAGAAGAAGGACCAGGGGAAGGACGCGGAGCUGCGCUCGGCCGCGCACUCCGAGACGGCGGCCACGUGCAGCGUGCUUCGCCUGCUGGAGCAGGGCCGCCUGCUCACGCCUCCGGGCAUGCAGGGUCUGCUGCCCCACUGCGCCAGCUCCUCCCUGGGCCUCGCCGCUAACGGAGGAUCCUCCGGCAGUGGCCCGGCCGCGGCUUCCAGGAGCCCCCCGCUGCCCGCUAUGACUGGCUCUAGCACUCUGUCCGGCGCCCACCACGGGCUCUUCAGCUUCCCCAUGCCGACGCUGCUGGGCGCCGUGGCGUCGCGGAUCUCCUCGGCGCCGCUGGGCAUGGCCGGUUCUCUGGCCGGGAACCUGCAGGAACUGUCGGCCCGCUACCUGAGCUCCUCGGCCUUCGAGCCGUACUCGCGGACCAACGGCAAAGAGGACAAGAAAGUUUUGGAAUAGUUGUUUUGUUUAUUUUUAUUUUAUUUCUGAUCAUUGAAGCUUGUUUA